ACCUGCGUCGACGCAGUGCAUCGUAAUACAAUUUGACACAAUUCAUUCGCGUGCUUCUGCAGUCGCCUAAUCCUUUUGAAGUUUCACCAUGGCGAAAAAGAGUUUUUCCACCAAAAAAUCUUUGAGGAAUUUGUUUUCAAAAAGUGAAGCAAAUCUCAAAGAGUCUGUAGAGAAAGAUGACAGCGGCAAAGGAUUUCUCAAAACAUUUAAAAGGAAGUCAAAGAAAUCGGAGAGUACGGAGAGUCUAAAGGCUGCAAGAACUGAUUCUGGGACAUUGGGAGCUGGCGACAGUGAAACUCAUGAUGAUGAGAAGUGGACUAAACGCAAGACAUCUCUGUUUGGCACUCUUCUCAGGUCAAAGAAGGUGCAACACAGUUACUCGGAGACUGAUCUUCGUAAAACCAAGGGCUUUGCUGUGUCCCUAUCCUGGAAGAAGAAGAAGAAAAGAGACCUAUCCCAUGAUCUUUCAAGCAAUAGUGAAGGCCCAGGAGUCAAGGAUUAUAUCAGCGAACAGGAAGAAUUUGACAACCAGGUACACACAGAACAAAACCAGGCUGGUUUUGCAUCAGAACCCUCCGUUACUUCUGACCAAUCCCAGUCCCGGGAUGACCUAAGUGAAAUGCCUAGGCCUAAUAAGGAGGAUGCAGGUGUUAUGCCUUCAGAUCUGGACAGUACAUCAAUACCUUAUAUAGACUCUUCACUGUCUGAUAGUGAUGUUUACCAGACACCCCCAGAUAGCCCAUCUGCAGAUAAAUCUGCUCAGUACUUCAGCUCUCAGCACUCCAAUUCCAAGUCUAACAUUACUGACUCAUUCAGUCCUGUUCCUGAUCUGGAAGCUGCAGCCAGUACCGACACAUGCAUAGUCCAUAAUUCAAACAUAGAUCUGAACCCAAGUGGUGUUUCUUUUAGGGAUGAUUAUCCUUUCUCUGAUUUUGAAACCUCUAAGUCAGGAAUUUCAGCAGAUGUUGAGGUCAUUGCCAUCACCACAGAUAUUACUCCUAACAACAAUGAAAUGGCUUUUCAAAAAGAGUCACACCUGGAACGUAAUGAAUCAAAAGAUGUAACCUCUUCCAUCCCUGAGAGUUCCACCGCUGUCAUUCAUGACCCUUCCACAUCUUGCAUUCCACAAACAUCUCAAAGUUCCAUCUCUUCCAUUCCGCAAAGUUCCAUUUCUUCCAUCCCCGAUAGCUCCACCUCUGUCAUCCUUGAGGGUUACACUUCAAACAAUACUAUGACCCAGAGUUCCAGCUCAAACUCAUAUUCUCUCGAUACCCUUCCAGAACAUUCCUCCAGUCUUCCACAUUAUAUUAUAUCUACUGAGGAAGAAGAUUCUCAAAACAGUGCUGCAAAUAACAGAAACAUGUCUGCCAGCAACAGUGACGUAGUCUACUCUGACCCUUCCAGUGCCGAUAAUGUUUCAUCCAUGCCAGAUGUGAUUUUGUCUAGCACUGUGUCCUGCUCCAGAAUCACAGAGAACAGUUUGGAUGCUGAUACUGAUAGAAAGCCAAUUUUAUCUCUCUCCAAUACUGAUGUUUCUGAAAGUGAUUUAAGCUCAAUACCUGAGAGUUUACCCACAAUCACUGUACAUUCCACUGCUGAUUCAUGUUUACUGAGAGAAUCUCACCCUCAGAUUAAUUGUGAGACUGCUUCAAUGGAAUCUUAUGAAACCAACAAUCAUUCUUGCUUGACAUAUGCCACUGACUUAGAGAAACCUAGUCCUGAUGAACCUGUCCUUCUUGAGAAUGAGUCAAAAGUCUGUUUACCUCAUUCAGCUGUGUCGAGCACCUACACCAUCAUUAAGCCAACUGUCACCUUUGACCUUUCAGGUCCCUCAGAUCCCAUCAGCCCUGACCAUUCCCAGAGAGGCCUCUCUAACUAUAUGUCUUCUUCAGAUGUGGAAACCCUAACUGAAAUAUCAGAACCAGACCAAAUAAGCCAGGAGAGCCACCAAGCUAAAUCGGCAAACUGUUCAGAAACUUCCUCAGAUUUUCUGGACAGUGGCACCUCCAGCACUUUGACCUCUGAAGCCAUACCUGCCUAUAUAAUUCAUCCUCCCCCUCACUUAGAUGUUUCAGACCAGCUGGUUACUUCUCAAACCCCCGAGACAGAGAUAGACACAAAAGAGUAUGAAGAUCCUGAGGUUAUCCAGGGGUCAUCUACUCAAGAAAGUCAUGAGUUGAUUGACCAGGUUAAAACCACAGCAGUUCUGACUACUAGAAAUGAUCUUCAGAACAAAUGUGGACCAGAAGCAGAGGAAGGAAGUAGAUUAGAUGACAUUUAUAAUAAACAUCAAGAAUUUACAGUUGUUCAAGGCUAUGAAUCAGCACAGAUCAUGGAAGACCAAGCUGAAACCACAGCAGAGAGUAUGAACACUGGAAAUGACCUUCACAUGUCUGGAAAGAAGAAAUAUGGCCAAGACUUUGAGGAACAAAGUCAACUAGGUGAUGAUAAGUACGUAGUUCCAGCGAAUCAAGAAAAAGACACCCGAUUAAAGCAAAUCAUGGAUGUUUUAUCACAACAGCAAAUGAUACAUUACAAGUUUCCUGAAACAAAUGAGGUGGCUGAAGAAAAGGGAGCUGAAUUACAAACGGUUCAAAGCUCAAGAGAAGCAUCUGCAAUGCAAGGUGCAAUGGAAGCAGAGGUAUGUGGAGGCAUUGAAGUGUUGACAGGUCAAGCAGAGCAGCAGAUUCACCAUCUCGCUCCACUGAAACCAGCCCUACCAGUCAAUCAAGAAUGUGUCCCUGAAGAAUGCACUUCCGCCCCUCCCUUCUCUGAGCCAGUGAAGGUAUCACUUGCUGAUUCAAGAAUGGAAACACACAGUCACCUGGAGAUUUGUCUCCACCCCUUGGCCCCGCAGCAGUCAAGCAGAGAGAUAACAAUACUGGAGGACACGGUAAGGUGCAAAUACCAAACAAGCACUGAUAACCACGCUGAGAGGGAGGAAUACACCGGCAGUGAAGAGACUGAGGAUAAAGCCACAUUUCUCCCAGGGACACAGGACAGUGAAAGUCAAGAACACACCACAGAGGAGACCUUCAGACACACCAGAGACACAAGCCACAAACAGAGAGAGGUGACAGUGACAGAGGUCGAGACAGCCAGAGAAAAUAUCACUCACAGGAACUGGGUACAAAUCAGUGAAAGUACACCAGACAACAGAAGAGAAAACAAAGAUUCCGCAGAAGUUAACGCUGUUCCUGAUCAGCUACUUUCAAUAGGUUUAAUACCGGGUGAAAGGUUCUUUCAUGCAUCUACUGUUCUCAGUACAGUGACUGAAGAGUCAGAAACAGAGAACCAAGCGGAAACUGAGACUGGAUCUGAUACAGACAUGAGCUCUGGCGUUGCAGUGCUAAGUACAAAGCUCAGUCGACCAUCAUCUUCUCGAGAGGGCAGAGAGGAUACCAUGGUGGUCCGCAAAGUGUCCCUGGUCAGCCCUGACAAAGAGGGCACCUUUGGGAGCUAUGGAACUCCAUUGGACAGCGUUAGGCUUAGAGAUCAGUCAGAACCAAGCAAAGCCAGUCCUGAGCUUGAGAGGAGGUGGAAAAGUCUCCAUUCUAGCUCUGAAGAACAGCAGUCCAGCUUCACAGCAAAUUCAGACAACACGUUUACAGAAAGCCCAUACCUGCGUUCCUCUCAACUGACCCCCAGCAAUGUAAAAGGAGUCUACACAUCUCAUUUCCGCUCUCAUGAGACCCAGCCUACUGCAUUCUCCUCAGAGACAGACGGUAGCCUAGACAGAAGUAACUGGAAAGUUAGGGAGAGCGAAGAUUGUCAGAGUAGUGAGAGUUACACUGGUAGGAGGAGCUGGGAGGAGCUUAAUUUACCUGUAGCGAGAGAGGGAGAGCAGGAGAUAAGAAAAACAGUCUUUGACUCACAGGCACAUUUCGAUUCCCCGUUGAUGAUCGUGGAGGCAGAUGACUCUGAUGUUUUCCAAGCUACGCGGGUAGAGCUGAUUCCCUCGCCCACUGACCCUGAGCCGGAGCCUCUUUCUUCCCCAUCCAUCUCGGAAAUGGAUAACCUGGUAGACACUCUCAAGAGCAUGGAGCGACCGGUCCGGCAAAGGGUUCAACGCACCCCAUCCAACACUCCCUUCUCUUCACUGCCACCUAUUGAUGAGGAUGCACCAAUCUCACCCCCUACUCCACUCUCUCCUCGUACUCCAAUCUCACCUUUUACUGAGCCCAAGUUGUUAAAUGGAGUUUCUAGUAUGCCUUUAGACAUUGGCUUUAACUGGAGUACCCCCAAAGACAUGCGCUCUCCAUUGACCAUGAUGAAGGAACAGCAGCUCGGAGAGACCCAAAAUCGGGGGCUCUCUCUGCCUCUGCGAGCAUCAGCCCUCAGCAGCAUCGUCAUGCGCAGGGGCUCCCUCAAUGAUCUGAGUCCUGAAGAAAGUCCUACUAAAGGACUCUCGAAUGGAGGCUCAUCUCGCCUGGAAAACAGCUUCUUCUUCCAGCCAACUGAGAACGGCAAGGCAUCAAACCGCUCCAUCUUUCGUGCAGCCUCUCUCCCUGAGAUCAGCCCCAGUUAUGAGCGGAUAAGCUCAGCAACCAAUGGAUCUGACACCUUGCUCGGUUCCCGUUUUGAGCGCUUCUCGCACCUCACAUCUCCAUCAAAUUCCCUCAGUGGGAUCGCUGAAACUUCUCGAAUAAGCAUGGCUCCACCUGUCCAACACAACUCACAAGAUACCUCCAGUUUUGACCACAUGUCCCCUAUGGAACUUUACCGCUCUCUGCCCUCCGAAACGCUUCUCAAGAACUCUCAACCUUUGGGUCUUCAGCGCAGCAGUAGUUUAGACGGAGGUUUUCUAAUCAAUGACACCAAGAGCUUCCAAGUGGACAAAAAGCCAGAACCAGAGCAGAACUUACUCCUCAAAUACAGAGCCUUCCCUGAUGCAUAUCUCACAAAAGAAAAGGAGCAUGGCAAGCUCAAUCCACGACCUGGCAAGAUGUUAAUCUAUGACAAGCCCGGAAUGACCGGUGAGAGAAUUGAAGUGCGUGGUGAUGUUGUGGACGCCACACCAUGGGAGUUUACAGACACUAUUUCAAUCAGAGUGAUCAGAGGAGGUUGGGUGUUGUAUGAGAAGCCAGAAUUUAAAGGGGAAAAGAUCGCUCUGGAUGAGGGAGACAUUGAGCUGACAAACCCAUUUGGACCACCGGAUGAAGAAGUGGAUUAUCAGCAGAAUGGAACAGCACAGGAUCCUGAGGAAGAGGAACAUGAGUCCAGGUCUCAGCUAAAGAGGAAGUUCGUCAUCGGAUCCAUACGGCGAGCAGUGAGAGAUUACAGCGUUCCUGAAAUCUGCCUUUUCCCAGAGGAAAAUGCAGAAGGCAAGAAGGUCACAUUCAGAGACACGUCAGAAGACUCCAGAAUUUUUGGCUUCCCAGUCAAAGCAAACUCCAUCAUCAUCAAUGCUGGGCUAUGGUUGGUGUUUGCAGAGCCCUUCUUUCAGGGUGUCCCGCGAGUGCUUGAAGUCGGAGGAUUCUCCACCCCAGCCGCCUGGGGCGUCACACAUCCAUAUGUGGGCUCCCUACACCCGCUUAAAAUAGGUGAACCUAGAGUGGAGAACCUCUAUGAGCCAAAAAUUGUGCUCUAUGAAAAACCAUAUUUCACUGGCAAAAGCAGAGAAAUCUACAGCAGCAUGAGAGAUUUCCUGUCAAGAGUGGAGAAGCAGCAAUCAUUGUUUGUGUUCAGUGCAGGAUCCCUUAAAGUUAUUGGAGGCUGCUGGGUGGGCUAUGAGAAGGAAGGUUUCCGGGGUCACCAGUAUCUUCUAGAGGAGGGAGAGUACCACGACUGGCGGGUGUGGGGAGGAGUCAACUCAGAGCUGCGCUCAGUCCGAGUCAUCCAAGCUGACCUCUCUGAGCCCCUGCUGGUGUUAUAUGGCAUGCCUGAAGAGGAGAAAGCAGAGAGUGAAGAUCCCACGUUUGAGGUGACAGAAGCUGUCGCAGAUGUGGAGCUGUUUGGGUUCGGUGUCAACACUCGCUCCAUCCACGUGCUGAGUGGAGCGUGGGUAGCCUACUCUCAUGUGGAUUUCUCAGGUAACCAGUACAUCUUGGAGAAAGGCUUCUACAAUAACUGUGAAGACUGGGGCUCUGGAGACCACCGCAUCUGCUCCAUACAGCCCAUCCUCACAGCACCUAGUGAAGAACCCAGCUUCAGAAAUGAGGUGCUGCUCUACUCAGAGCCAGAUUUCCAAGGCAGAUGUAGGGUUUGUCAUCAGAACCAGGAGUGUUUGCCUGAAAGGCUCAUUGUUAAGUCCUGCAGGGUGGUGGGAGGAAGUUGGGUGCUUUAUGGAGAAGAGAAGUUCACAGGAAACAUGUAUGUUCUGUCUGAAGGAGAUUAUCCCAACCUGACCAGCAUGGGCAUCCCAACUGACUCAGACAUUCGCUCUGUCAAAGCAGUUCCAAUGACCUUUUCAGUGCCGUCAGUCUCACUCUUUGGACUGGAGUGCUUCGAGGGUCGGGAGGUCACCAUCGAUACACAUAUUUUCAACAUGCGGGAGGAAGGAUUUAAUACACAUUUCCUCUCUGUCAGGGUCAAUAGUGGUUGCUGGGUGUUAUGUGAACAUAGUAACUACAGGGGGCGCCAGUUCCUUUUGGAGCCCAUUGAAAUCACAAACUGGCACAAAUUCAGUUCCCUUUCCUGUAUUGGCUCCUUGUAUCCAAUCAGACAAAAACAAAGACUGUUCCGCAUCAAAAAUAAAGAGACGGGCCACUACAUAUCCGUGCAGGGUGGUGUUGAGGACAUGAAGACGGGCCGUGUGGUUGUCACAGAGCAGGUGGAGGCAAUGAGUGACAUUUGGCUUUACCAGGACGGGCUAAUCAAAAACAAGCUGGCUCGAACCAUGAGUCUGCAGGUGAUGGGUAAUGUGGAGUCAGGUGCUAAGGUGGUGCUGUGGACUGAAACACGUGUUCCAGUGCAGACAUGGAGAGCUCAGGUCAGCGGCACAAUCUCCAGCAUCACCUUCCCCGGAAUGGUGCUGGAUAUCAAGGGGGGUAAGCAAUACGACAAACAACACUUAGUGAUUCGAGAAGAGAACGAGGAACAUGCCAGCCAACAGUGGGAGCUGGAAUUCGUUUGAUCUCGCCCUCUCUCUCCUUCAUCUGACCCCCUUCUCCUUCUGACUCCACCCACUCGUCCUGCCCCAACAACACAAACACUGUGAUCUGAUACAGCACACUAUUAGGGGACCUCUGCUUUGAGUCAUGCUUACAUACAAUCAGAAGAUGCUGGGCAGGAAAAGCUUCUCGUGUCAGUAGAGACUGUAUAAUAGAUCAAAUGGAUCAAUGUAUUGUCAUUUAAAAAUGACAAAGAAGCAGAGGUCGAAUAUCAUUUAACAUGCUAGUGUUCUUGAAAUGUAAAUCUCUCGCCUGUGAUGUGUUUUAUUUGCAAAUAAUUUGAAUAAAACAUAUUACCUACAGGUUAUUUACACACUAAUGAUGGUGCUGGUGGUUAAGUCACUCAAAAACUUUUUUUUUUUUUCAAUCACAUGAAAAUCUCAUCAUCGUAUAUGCAUCUGGCAACUUUCGAAGCAUUCUUUUUUUUCUGCUCAUUAUAUUUGUUUACAAGCUAAUGUUAUUACUGUGUAUAUUCUGAUAUGUAAGCUUUAAUAUCAAUGCCUGCAAUUAGAUUAUAGUCAUUACAACUGGAGUGGAUCUGGUUUUUUUCUUCUGAAGUGUGCUGAUGUCAGUCAAUACAAAGUCGCCAUGUGUUUGGACAACCAGGAAACUUUAUGUAUAAAUUAUAUUUUCAAAGCACAAUGUGAAAUAUGUAACAGGGAGUGGCU